GAUGAGCAUAGCUGUUGGAUUAAGUGCAUGUGCACUUUCAUCAGUUCUUUUUGGAUCCAUGUUUGUUCCUGUGAAGAAAUGUCAUUCGGGAAAUGGAAUUUUCGUGCAAUGGAUCAUGUCCACAGCUAUUCUUCUGGUUGGAAUCGUAGUUUAUUCAACACAAGGAUUUCCAGAAUUCGAGCCACUUGCAAUGCUUGGUGGCAUGUUCUGGGCUCUCGGAAAUGCGACGGCAGUUCCUAUUAUGAAUACAAUUGGAAUUGGAAUGGGAAUGUUGGUCUGGGGAACUACGAAUUGUGUAGCUGGAUGGGCUGCUGGAAGAUUUGGACUUUUUGGGAUAAAUUCUACAGUACCCGAGUACCCAUUUCUUAACUAUUUUGGAUUGGUUCUUGUGGUUUUUGGUGGAUUUCUUUUUUCCCAAAUCCGUCCAAACGAGCCUCAGACCGCGUCAGAAAGAAGUCCUCUGAUGGUGGCACCGGAUGAUGAUUUGACUGAUGACGUAGCUCCAGAUGAUAGUGAUAUAGUGGUGCCACGUGGCGGAGCAGUGCCAACAAGAGCUCAUCGCAAUCAAAAGAGGCUUCUCGCAAUUAUCACUUCUCUAGUUGCCGGAGUCUUCUAUGGAUUCACUUUUGUACCGGUCAUCUAUAUCCAAGAUCAUCCCGAAAUUUACCCUACCGCCCCGAAAACCGGACUCGGAUAUGUUUUCUCUCACUAUAUUGGAAUUUUCUGCACCGCAUCGGCACUUAUGAUUGGUUACGUUAUUUAUUCCAGAAAUAAUCCAUUUGCUUCAUCCCGAUUAGUUGGACCAUCAAUGACAGCUGGAUCAAUGUGGGGAAUCGCCCAAGCAUCUUGGUUUGUGGCAAAUGACAAUUUAUCACAAGCCGUAUCAUUUCCAAUUAUCUCAAUGGUUCCCGGAGUUAUUGCUGCACUAUGGAGUGUGUUCUACUUCCGUGACAUUUCCGGAUCCCGAAAUCUCCGUCUUCUAUCUAUUGCUGUCGCCAUCACGUUGAUUGGAGCGAUUUGUGUGGGAGUUUCCAAAUAAUUUGUAUUCUUGUAAAAUGGGUUCUUGAAUAUAUGUGUAUUAUAAUAUUAUAUACAAACAUUUUGUACAAAAACAUUUGAAGAGAUUGUGAUAUUUUGAACAGAAAUGAAUAGUUUAUCUC